GGGUUCGAGUACACCAACCCAGACAUUGUGGACGGUCGGCCGCUCUACCAGAAGGACAUAAUGUUGACGCCCCAACAGUGGCAAGCUUUGAGGGAGAGGAAGGCCAUUGCUGACCUAACUUACCGCUGGCCAGCUGGACCCGACGGCCUCCCUCUGGUGCCUUACACUGCAAAUAGUCCAGUGGACGUGACGGCGGUACAAGCAGGACUGCAACACUGGAUGGACAACACCUGCAUCAAGUUUACACAGACCACCAACACCAGCCAACCUUAUCUCAGGUUCAUAGUGGGUACUGGAUGCUGGUCCUACAUUGGACGCAUAUAUUACUGGAAUGGUCAAGACAUCUCAAUUGGCACCGGCUGUACUUCUGUGGGCACGGUGGCUCAUGAGGUUGGGCACGCUAUGGGCUUCUAUCACGAGCAGUCCCGCCCUGAACGAGACGACUACGUUAAUAUUUUGUAUAGCAACAUAAUUCCUGCCCAAACGAGCAAUUUCGAUAAGGCCGCCGACAAUAUGGUCAACAACUACAGCGUUCCCUACGACUACACUUCAGUGAUGCACUACGGCUCCACGUACUUUACCAAUAUCGGAGCUCCGACCAUCAGCACCAUUGACCCCUUUGCCCAGGGUCUGAUAGGCCAGCGAACUGGUCUUUCUCACCGGGACAAACUUCUGGCCAAUCUUAUGUACAACUGCACCGGAAAGUGGCUGGCUGCGUGUGGCAAAACCUCAAACCCGUGUCUGAACACCGGCUACCUCGGGGUCAACUGCAUGUGUGUGUGUCCCCCUGGCACCUCCGGCACCUAUUGUCAGUCAGUUACUAGUGGAUAUUACGAUCCUCUACUACAGUCAUGCUCAAGGAAGAUCAACACUACAGGUGUCAUCACCUCUCCCAACUACCCCAAUAAUUAUCCCAACGGCUCAAGAUGCUCCUACGUGAUCCAGGCUCCUCAGUGCUACUAUCCUCAAGUCACCUUCAGCAGCUUCCAGCUGUACGGACGGAAUUCUUACUGCAAUAACAAUCUCUGCUGCUACUUCGACUACCUGGAGAUCAGGACCACCAACACCUCCUCCGGCCAACUGUACUGCGCGACGGACAUUGCUGCGGGCCAGGUGUUUACAGCGUCCGUGAACCCGAUGAUUCUCUUCUUCACCACUGAGAGUAAUUACUACACUGGAUGGUCGGCCAACGUGUCCUUCGUUCCAAUUCCGGGUUGCACCACAGCUACUACUACUACUACUACUGCUACCACCACCACCACCACCACGAAACCCACUACUACCACCACCACCACAAUACCCCCUACCACCACAACAACAACCUCCACCACCACCACCACAAAACCCACUACCACCACCACAACCACCACCACCACAAAACCCACUACCACCACCACCACCACAAAACCUACUACCACCACCACCACCACAAAACCCACUACCACCACCACAAAACCCACUACCACCACCACAAAACCCACUACCACCACCACAAAACCCACUACCACCACCACAAAACCUACUACCACCACCACCACCACAAAACCCACUACCACCACCACAAAACCCACU